UCCAUUUGUGCUUGUCAUUUUCGUUUACUUGCAACUUUUACAAAUCGUGCAUUCGCAAAGCAAUCGAAUUGGAUUUAACUUUUUACACAUUUUGAUUCAUUUAAAACUUCUCAAAAAAUCAUCAUGGAAUUCAUGUCAAACGAUUGGUUAACCGCCAAAGAAAGUACCGGUACAACAAUUAUGGCCGUAGAAUUUGAUGGUGGCGUUGUAAUUGGCGCUGAUUCACGUACAUCGUCUGGUACAUAUGUUUCGAAUCGUGUUACGGACAAAUUGACUCGCAUUUCGGAUAAAAUAUAUUGUUGUCGCAGUGGUUCAGCGGCUGACACACAAGCAAUUGCCGACAUUGUUUCAUAUUCUCUCAAUUUUCACGAGAAUCAAACUGGCGACGAACCGUUGGUAGCCGAGGCAGCAGCUGAAAUUCAAAACUAUUGCUUUAAUUAUCGUGAUCAAUUGUUGGCUGGUAUUAUUGUUGCUGGUUGGGACAAACAGAAUGGCGGUCAAGUGUAUCAAGUUCCAUUGGGUGGCAUGUGCAUUCGACGUGGUUAUGGAAUCGGUGGUUCGGGCAGUUCAUAUGUACAUGGUUUUAUUCGCGAAUUCUAUCGGGAAGGCAUGAGUCGCAAUGAAACUGUUGAAUUUGUUAAGAAAGCUAUUUUUCAUGCAAUGUACUUUGAUGGAAGCUCCGGCGGAGUUUGUCGCAUUGGAGUCAUUACCAAAGAUGGCAUCGAUCGUGAUGUUUUCUUCGCACCAAUUGAUCCAGUGCCCGCACAAUCAGCAACUUCAACUACUUCUGCUGUACGAUCUUAAGCAUCGGAUUAUCUUUCUUUUUUUUAAUUCAAACAAUUCAGUUUUCUAACGAUUUAAUGAACACUAUAUCGAUAAAAUUUGGCCAAUAAAGAAAAGACAAAACAUAAA